CGGAAAAUUUCCAAAAAGUUUGAAUUACUUGGAUUUAAGCGCCAACAUGUUUGGGCCAUACUUACCAGAGCUUUGUUCCAAUAACAGCAUGGCAAGGAAGAACCUAACAAUACUAAACCUAGAUUACAACCAUAUCGUUGAAAUAACAAGUAACUACACAAACUGUCUGGUAAAACUAAAGGAAUUAUAUCUCAGCAAAAAUGCAAUAGAAACACUGCAAGACAACGCUUUUGUCCACCUUCCAAAUCUUAGGGUUUUGCAUAUUUCCAGCCAACAGCUUGGUAUGAAAAUCAUUGAUGAUAAUGCUUUUAACAAUUCACAUCUCGAGGAUUUGGACUUGAAGAUGAACUUUUUGUUAAUAAGUGGAAGUAAGCUUCAGAACAUUUUUGUCCCAUGUCCGCACAUAGCAUAUCUGAAUUUAUCUAAUAACCACGUGACAAAUAUAACUGCUCUGGUUAAUAUGAUAACGCCUUUAAAAGACUUGAAGGUUCUCUCUUUAAAGGGUGCAGGGCUCAACAGAUUUCCAUAUGAAAUACUGAGUAGGUUUCAAAAUUUGGAAUAUAUAAAUAUAGAUAAAAACAAUAUAAAAUCCAUUGUUUUCCCAACGCCCUUUAAGAGUACCAGUUCAGUCAGAUAUAUUUCUAUAUCUAGCAACAGAAUACAUUUUCGGCAACGGAUGUUAUUUCCUCAACCUAUCAUGUCGUCACUUACAGCAAUAAGCAUGGGAGUCAACUACUUCGACUGUUCGUGUAACGAAAUAUCCAGAUGGUUACGAAAUCAGAUCAAACUUAAUCAUUCUGACGCUUUCUUUCAAAACAUAAGACUCAUCGGCUGGCCUUAUAGUUACAAAUGCUAUUCACCGAAGGAUAUGGCUGGCAGAUUGCUCGGAGAUUAUCAACGGACUGAAGAUCAGUGCAAGGAACCGAACAGAUUGAUUCCUAUUUAUAUUUCUAUUGCAUGUACAUGGUUUGUAGUCACAGUUAUUGCAUCGAUUGCCUUUUGGAAAAGAUGGUACAUACUGUACUACUUGCACAAGUUUAAGAAAGGCUGUAAUAGAAAAAUGGCAAUCAACCCAGAACUAACUCCUCUCUUAAAUCACGAUGGGGAAACUUACGACGCGUAUGUUAUUUACAGUGAAAACGAUGGUGGUUUUGUCGUUGGAGAUUUCCGGAAGCUUGUUGAAGAACAACUAAACUUCAAGCUUCAUAUUUGGGACAGGGACGGCAGUAUUGGAAAUGCAAGAUCAGAUUCUUACUUCGAUGCAAUGGAAGCAUCCAGACAUGUGCUUAUAAUCGUUUCUGACAAUAUCUUCAAAGAUGCUUGGUGCGAGUUCCAGAUAAACAUUGCUUUGAUGAGGAACGUUGAGACGGAAGGGCGAAAGAAAAUGUUUCUCGUCAUUUUGAGUAACCUAAAUGUAGAAUCCAUGAAGAAAUCGUGGUGUUCGUUGCUUGCUAAAACGUCUUCAGGGAAAUGGUGCGAAACGGAAAAUGAGAUACGGCGAAACGUGUUCGUCGAGGAUCUCAAAUCCACUCUUUGUAACUGUAAUUUGUAG